ACAACGACACACACCCACCUCUGUCAGCAACACCACUCCACCAACCUUCCACCGUCCGACGAAAGAACAUCAUGAUGAACUUUGGUAAGAUGCCGGCCGGAAGGACUGCAUCCAGGCUGGCAAGGGUCGUCGGCAAGAGCGAGGCCAGCAUCCAGAGCAGCGUCCGAGCCGGCUCGAUGAACGCCCUGCUGUCGACGAGGUCGGGCCUCACGGUCACCCAGGCGGCGACCAGGCUUGCCAUCGCGAAGAUCCCGGUCAGGCACAUGUCUGGACAGGCCGACUACGCGGCCAACUACACCGCUGACCAGAAGGCCGUGGACGCCGCGACUAGGCACUGGAGGGACACGGUGACCUCCAACACCGAGGACGCUCCCAAGAAGACCGCCGCCAUCUACGCUGACGACGCGCUGUUCUGGGGAACGGUCUCGGAGGAGGUCCGCAACACGCCCGCGCACGUCUACGACUACUUCGACUUCUUUGCCCGCAUGCCCAAGCUCUCCAUGGUCGCGUACGACCCGGCGCCCCCGCGCAUACACGGGGACUUCGCCAUCCACGCCGGCGCCUACACCUUCGCCUGGGCGGGAGCGGACGGGGCCAUGACCGAGACGCGGGCACGCUUCACGUUUGCGUACCGAAGGGAGAACGGCAAGUGGGUGAUGAUCGAGCACCACUCGUCUGCGAUGCCCAAGGCGCCCCCGGGGCUCAAGCCCGCCCAGCACUAAGAUGCCUCCGGAGAUGAAGACGCAGACAGACGUGAGUUUCCA